GUGGGACAGACGAUCGAACUCAACGAUGGACGACACGCGAUUGUGCGGUUCCUGGGAGCGACGGGGUUUGCGCCAGGAGAAUGGGUCGGUGUAGAGCUGGACGAUGCCACGGGCAAGAAUGACGGCUCGGUCAAGGGCGAGCGCUACUUUGACUGCGAGGCCAACUAUGGCAUGUUCCUGCGCGCCGCCGGAGUCAGUCGCAUCGUCAGUCGGCCGGCCACUCGUCCUACGAGCAUCAACCUCGCACCAGCUCUUGACACAGCCAGAGCUGCCUCUGCCCUGCCUUCUCCUACCAAAUCGCCCACCAAGCUCGCUCGCACCGCUACCCCCUCGACCGCUCAGCCUACGAGAAACCCAACCCCUCCCACCGCCGCCCCCGCUGCACGCCGGCCCCUCUCUACUGCCACGCCCAAGCCGCGCACCGCCUCCACCUUGAACGCUUCCUCUGCCUUGUCCGCUGCCGCCAGGAGAUCGUCCGUCGUGCCCUCGUCCAAUUCGACCACCACCGCUCAGACACCGCGCCAUCCUCCAUCAGCCGCUGUACCUGCUUCGUCCCGUUCGACUGCUCGCACCACUUCCACCACCACAAGAGGCCUCACUUCUGCUGCUAGACAGCCUUCUACAGCUACAAAACAGCCCCCUGCUGCUCGUCGUGUUUCCUCGGCUCCGAGACAGCCUCAGCCUCAAGACUCUCCUUCGCCCAAACCCUCUCCCGUUGCUCCCACUGACGGAGCCCACCAUACCCAGCAUGCUGACGAUACUGAGGAUGCUCCCCAAUCAUUCGCGCCCUCUUCCAAGUCCGCUACCUCUCCCGCUGCUUCGCAUACUUCCCUCCGUCCGAACAAGACCACCGCUCGCGAGGUUGAGGAUUUGCAGACAAAGAUGAAGCUCAUGGAACGUAAACGUCAAGAAGACCGCGAUUCCCUGAAGAAGAUGCAGACUGUCGAACAGGAGCGCGACAAAUACGCGAAUCUUGUCCAGAAGAUGCAGUCCAAAAUGCAGGCCCAAUCUCUCGAGCUGAACGACUUGCGAGCUCAACUCAAGGACUCGGAAUCUCGCUUGAUCGACAUCGAGGCCAUCCAAGCUGAGCAUGACGCUGUCGUCGAAAUGGCUACCCUCGAUCGUGAGAUGGCCGAGGAGACGUCCGAAUCUCUCAAGACUGAACUCGACUCCCUACGAACUAGCAAUGAGGAACUGCGCCUCGAGCUGGAUAUACUAAAGGAAGAGAACGAGGAAUUAGGCAGGGAGAUGAAUCCCGAAGAACGCACUAGUCAAGGCUGGCUUCAACUAGAACGUUCAAACGAGAGACUUAGGGAGGCCCUGUUGAGGCUGCGUGACAUGACACGGGAGCAGGAGGCUGAUCUCAAGGCUCAAAUUACUAGCCUCGAGGACGAGGUCAAAGACUUUGAUUCCUUGAAGAAUGGUUACGAAGAAACUCGGGAGAAGCUACUCGUGACCGAGGCCGACCUGGACGACAUUCGCCAACAGCUUGACGCUGCAAUGGGUGCCGAAGAUAUGAUUGAAGAGUUGACCGAACGGAACAUGGCUAUGCAGGAGAAGAUUGACGAAUUGGAGUUGGUCAUUGAGGACCUCGAGAACCUCAAAGAACUCAACGACGAACUCGAAAUCAACCAUGUCGAAGCUGAGAAGCAGAUGCAAGAAGAGAUUGACUUCAAAGAUACCAUCCUUGGUGAACAAUCUCGUCGCUCUGCACAGCAAUCUCAGGCUAUCGAAGACUGCGAGUACACAAUCUCCCGCUUCCGUGAGCUGGUCACCAGUCUUCAGGCUGACCUGGAAGAUAUGCGAGCCUCGCGCCAGAUCACAGAGACGGAAGCAGAAGAACUGUCGAGCAGAAGCCGUGCAAUGAUGGAUCUCAACAUGAAGUUACAAAUGUCUGCAACCAAGACUCAGAUCAAGACCAUCGAUCUCGAGCUGAGACGUCUGGAGGCCGAAGAAGCUGCUGAGCACCUGGCUAUCGUACAUCUCUUCCUGCCCGACGCAUUCAACGCAGAGCGCGAUUCAAUCUUGGCACUGCUGCGGUUCAAGCGUGUAGGCUUCAAGUCUCGCCUACUCAGCAGUCUUGUCAAGGAACGUCUGAACGGACAAGGCACGAAAAUUGCGGACGAAGAUAUCUUCGCUGCCUACAGUGUACUCGACAGACUCACAUGGGUCGCUGAGAUGAGCGACCGAUUCAUCAACGGCAUUCGCAGCUGCUCUAUCGAAGAUUUCGCCAGAUACGAGAGUGCUCUGUACGAGCUCGAACCUGUCGAGAGAGCGCUGAACACCUACAUCGAUGCCAUCAAGCGUGAUGACAUGAAAGAGGGUAGAGUGGACGAAGAGCUGCAGAGAUCAAUGGCAGUCAUGUCCCACCUGGCUUCUCUUCACAUCAAAGACUCGCUUGCUGCGUCUGCCAGCGAGAUGCUAAUGCAGGCCUCUCUGAUCCAGAGCCAUCUAGACAGCACCUCGUCGGCCCUCGGUUCAUGCAGGUCCUUGGUGCAGCGCCAUGUUCCGGUACCCCGAUCAGAAGGCAGCGAGUCUGAUGAGUCCAAUCUGUUCACGCAACUGGACUCCAUCGUCUCUAGUAUCAGAAGUGCUCGUGUCGUCGUCAAUAAAACACAUCGCAAUGUCACGGACCUGCAAUCACGCUCGCUUGCGCUGAGUCCAUCUCACUUGGAGCUUCUUACCUCCGCGGAGAGUUUAACGGCAAAGCUCGCUGUCUUCGGACGCCGUGCGGGUGAGAAGAUCCAAGGCCUCUUGGGUGAAGAAGGCCGUGAGGAGUCUGUCACCUUAAGCGAAGCUGAGCUUCUCUUGACCCGUCUGUCAGCCAGUGUCUUCGGCAGCGGCUCAUCAGAGACGACGCCCUUCGACACACUAACGACCUACCUCUCCUCGCUGAUCACACAACUCAAUGAGCUGAGCGACAUCUCAGCCAACCUUGAGAACACUCAAGAAUUCGAGCGUCCUGCUGAGCCAUGGGUGACUCGCAGCGCCACCCUUCGUGCAACAAAGCUUACCUCUGUCGACACCGAAGCAGAGGUCGCUCGCCUGACAGAGAUUGUGCGCGAGCGCUCCCUCCUAGUCCGUUCCAAGGAGCAAGAGCUGGAGGAACAAAGCGUUCGUGUCGAGAUGCUCGAAGCUCGCAUGGCUGAAGCUACCAAACGAUCCUCUGCCCUUGCAGACCUGGAGACCUCCAUCGCAACUUUGCAAAGCGAGAAGACCACCCAUCAGAAGUCGUUGGCCGAAGCAGAAACACGGGUUACAAGGCUACGCAAGGAGAGAGAUGAUUGGAGAAAAUCAGCAGAAGAGAACAAACCAGAUCCUACCGCCACAAAGACCAUGGCUACAGAGAUGGGAGGCGCAAGCAAGGUGGAGCUUGAUAGAGCCAAGCUCCGUAUCGACAGUCUCGAGUCAGCCAUCUGCUACCUCCAGCAACAAUCUGCACCCAAGUCAUCAUUCGAUCUCAACUGGCUGGAAACGCCAUUGGUCUUACGGCCUACAAAGCCAGUCCAACGCCAAAAGGCUCUACAUGCAGAAGGGAAGACCGCGUUCAGCGAACUGCUCAAACUCGUCACUGAGGCCAAGCCUGUUGCUCUAAGCAGCAUGCCAGAAAACAGACUAGCAUGGCGUCCUGCUGCUCACACUGCCAAAUGGCAUGCGCAGAAGAAGAAGGAAGACUGGGCUGUUUGGCGAGGAUGGGAGCGCGAUCUCCUUAAUCGGGUGGAGGGCAGGAGUGCUGGAAAGAAG